AAUGCCAUACGCACAAAUCUGUCGCUACAUAAAUGCUUUGUUCGCUAUGAAGAUGACUUUGGCUCCUUUUGGAUGGUGGACGAUAGUGAAUUCGUUAAGCGUCGCCAUUUAUCGCGAGGCCGUCCACGCAAAUAUGAACCGUCGUCAUCCCCGCGUUCCAAUUCACAGACUCCCGGCUGUGCCGCCGACAAUAGCGACAACAAUAGUCAAUCUGGCGGCACUGACGGCCAUCAAGCCUUUAAUAGGCAGCAACAAAAGCAGAAACACCGCAUAAUUCACAACUUUAGUCCCAAUAAUGCACUAAUAACGGCGAUAAUGACGGAAUUGAUAUCUGCGAAGGUAGCCAAAUAAGUCUGGGCGACAUUUGCAGCAGUAAUAAAACAUCGAAGAAACUACAAAAUUUUGAUUCAAGUGAUACCAAACUAAUACGUAUCAACGAUGCAUUAAUCGGAAUGAACACAAUUGAAAACUUAAACAGGCUUAAAACCGCUUGUAGCAAAGUCCCUGGUACUGAUAUUACCAGCGAAGGCAUUACCACUGUCGAUAUCGGUGUCAUAAUUGCGGCAAGUCACUGUGGUGAAGGCAAAAAUGGAACCAAACGUAAAGUUUGUGUUAUUGAUGGUGAUGCUGGCGGCGGUAACAAUAAACCUAUUAGUGCCGUAAAUGGUUCUAAUGAUGUGGGUGUAGGUGACGGUGACAAUGCUAUCGAAGGACUAUUUUAUCGCAACUAUCAACCGCAGUA